AAGACGCUACCGUACCGUCACGUACAGACAGCAGCUUAUCCAUGCACAUACACUUAUAUUCACAGUAGUAAGCUGCCCACGAGCAGUGUGUCCGACACCACGCCAAUUUUCAACGAUCUCGAUGGUAAGAUUAUGAUCCGUGCUACCGGUUUUAAAACUCUCUGUGCCGGAUUUCCGGAGGAGGGCAUUCGGCCCCUAGCUCGGAAUAACGCAGCUCAAGGUGUCUGGACGCAUCCCGAAGCAGAUUGGGACCUGUUUGGUUCAUCUUUGGAAAAACUGUUGCUUCGAUGUCCAAUGCUUGGUGAAAUUGAUCAUGGAGAUCUGAUUUGUGGUAUGGAGGCAUACACACCUGACAAAAAGCCUACGGUUGGCGAAAGUAGCCAAGCUCGCGGAUACUAUGUGCUAAAUGGACUGAAUGGUCAAGGCCUUUCGCUAGCCGGCGGCCUUGGGGAUUUGCUAGCUAAUUGGAUAUGUGAUGGAAUCCCAGACAUUGAUGUAGCCCAUCUAGACGUUGGCCGAUUUCUUGAGUUACAUGCAAAUUCGCAGUAUCUCAUGGAACGAGCGCCAGAGAUUGCAGCAAUGACCUACAGCAAUAUGUAUAACUCGCAUCAGUUCCAUACAGCGCGUAAUCUUCGCAUGUCUCCAAUCUAUCAUCAUCUUCGGGAUGUUGGAGCAGUCUUUGGGGAGAUUAUGGGUUAUGAAAGACCUCUAUGGUUUGAGCAAUAUCCUAAACCGGAACGAAAUGCACUUUUCCAAGGACAAGAUGCUCUAAUUGGAAAGCCGAUCUGGUUUGACAGUGUUGCUGCUGAAUAUGAAGCUUGCCGAGAACGUGUGGGGCUCGUUGAUAUGAGUAGUUUUACGAAAUACGACAUUACGGGACCAGACGUCGUGAAAUUUCUACAAUACCUUUGCUCAGCUAAUAUCGACAGACCUAUAGGUACAACGGUUUAUACUGGUAUGCAACAUGCUAGAGGUGGUUACGUAACAGAUUGUACCUUGAGUCGGCUGUCAGAGAACAGCUCCAACGAUACAGCAAGAGCGAUGCAUGACAUGGAUGAAGUAUUGGGCCAAGAAGAUGGGAGUCAAUGUUCAUGUUCAGGUGCUUGUCAUUUUUUUACUGAUAUAUGA